AUGACCUCUUUUGGUGGUAAUGCCCUCUGCGAAGUCGCUUGGAAUCCCACCUUCAAUGUUCAAGGUCAGGUUUACCACCGGAUUGGGUCUCUUUUGCCGGAAACUGCCACUGAUUCGACCUUUCUACAAAUAUACUUCAUAGCUGACUACAAUCAACUGGCAGAUGCCCGCAUGGGCAUUAUUCCCGAGAACGAUACAGGCCAGGACAAUCAUCCUCGCAGGGAUAUCAUAAUGAGUCUCCAACAAAUGCUACACGAGACAAACAGCUAUGUCCACAGUUUUAAGUAUGCUCUCGGAAAUAACACUUCUUCUGAUUUCAUUAUUGUAAUUGAUGCUGACAAACGGCCUCGGGGAGUGGACGAACGUCGUUACAAUGCUCCCGCAAGUAACGAAGUUUCCGUCAUUGUCAGCGGUGAUCAGCACAACAGGCGUGACAUUGUUAUCAAAUCGCGCGGCAGUGGGCUCCGAAGAAUCAGUGAAACGCACCGGUGCUACGAUGCACUGCAAUACCCACUUCUAUCCCCUUACGGAGAAGAUGGGUACCACUUUGGCAUUCUGCAAAAUGGGUCCACCUUAAAAACAGUGUCUUGCAGGGCUUUCUACGCCUACCUAUUGAGGGUACAUGAGGGUGCAUUCAAUCAUCUUCAUCGAAGCCGGCAGAUGGAAUCCGAAAGAUUCUGUUACAUCAGACUGAAUCAGACCAAGUUGCGCUACGACUCUUACAUUCACUUCCGUGAUGCUUUACGAAAUGACGCUGAUCCACGCAAUAUAGGCAAGAUGUGCAUACUACCUGCAACGUUCACAGGCAGUCCACGAUACAUGCACGCGGGGACGCAAGAGGCGAUUGCAUACGUUCGUAAGUACGGCCGACCAGACCUAUUCAUAACUUUCACGUUUAACCCAAAAUGGUACGCACUUGCUAAAGAACUUAUGCCAGGGCAACCGGCCUACGACCGCCCAGAUCUCAUUGCGCGCGUUUACCAUCUGAAGUUGGGAAAGCUAAUGGAUGUGAUUACAAAGGGCCAGGUUUCGGGAGCUGUUUGCUGUCGCAUGCACACUAUUGAGUGGCAGAAACGCGGCCUGCCUCGCGCACAUAUACUAAUUUGGCUGUGCGACAAGAUUGAGGCCACAGAAAUCGAUCAUCUUAUUUCUGCUGAAAUUCCUGAUCCGUCGGCUGACCCUGAAUUGUACGAAAUAGUGACAACCAACAUGAUUCAUGGUCCCUGCGGGUCGCAUUACAAUUACACCAGCUGUCACAACAGCGACGGCAAAUGCACCCGGCAGUACCCACGAGAUUUCGUGAGCGAAACCAUUAAAGGGAGCGAUGGUUAUCCACUAUACCGGCGAAGGAGUCCCGCUAAGGGAGGAUUUACAGCCGUGGAAGGUUCCGUAGACGAAAUCCAAGACUUCCUUGCAUGGCGCGUCAUCGUGUGGCUUCCUCCAGUCUCUCACCUGAGAUUGUGCGGGAGACAUCCUACUCUGUUGAGGAGCUCAACGCCUAUGUCACAACAAAUGAGCCAAAACUUCUCAUAG